GUAAACAACAGAACACAAUCAUCAUCUUUUCUCUUUGGCAAAUAUACCUAAAAUUUGCAAAUGAUAGACAAUAGAAAAAAAUAAAAAUUAGAAAAAUGGCUAACGAUCGUGAAGUUUUGCGUAUGAUUUGGGAAGGACAAUUAGCCUUGUGUUUCCAAGCAGACCCAGACGAGAUAGUUGGUCUGCAACAACCAGAAAAUUUUUACUUGAUGGUAUCACGUCUGAGUUAUCUACCUCUAGUCACGGACAAAGUCAAAAAGUAUUUUAGUCGCUUCAUCUCCGGUGAACAGCAGGAUGGGUCGGUGUGGUUUGAUUACAAUGGCACUCCGCUUAAACUACACUACCCAAUUGGUAUACUUUAUGAUUUGUGCCCAGAGGAGGGCAACCAGCCAUGGUGUCUGACAAUACACUUUUCCAAAUUCCCCGAGGAAGCAUUGGUGAAAUUUGAAACAAAGGACCUAUUGGAAUCGUAUUUUAUGUCUUGUCUCAAGGAGGCUGACGUUCUGAAGCAUAGGGGACAAGUAAUAUCGUCCAUGCAGAAAAAGGAGCACAAUCAGUUGUGGAUUGGUUUGGUAAAUGAUAAAUUUGAUCAAUUCUGGGCUGUCAACAGAAGACUGAUGGAAGUGAAUAGCGAACAGGAAUGCUUUAAACAUACUCCUCUACGCUUUUACAAUGAAGAUGGCACCUUUACACAGCAACUGAUUUCGCCCCUGGCGGAAAGUGGGAAAAAGAAGACUGUGAGUGAUUUACUGGAGGAGUUGUCGACACCAGAUCGCAAAGCAAUAGGCAUUAAAACACAUGGCAUAGAUAUCCACAAUCAUACAGACUUGCAGUGGAUGUCGGAACAUCUUAGCUAUCCCGACAACUUUCUACAUUUGGUAGUUUUCUAUGAAAUUGUGUAAAUUUGUAUAUAUUUCUAUGUAUGUACGCUAUAUGUUUCUGUGUAACUCUAACUAUAUAAAAAACCAAUAUUGUAAAAAUUCUACUUCAAAAUAAAUUCCAAAAUAGUA